AUGAUUGUUGCUCACAAUAACACUCAAUUAGCCACAACCAAAACCAGGGGAGAACGAUUUAUACUGAAACAGGACUUCAGUAAAGCAGACUUUCAGUUAAUCAAUCAGUAUCUCAGCAGUGUUGACUGGGUUGGGCUAGGAUGUGAGCACAUGCCUUCGACGAAGAUGUCUGUCAGGUUUAGUCGCAACGAAAUACUUGAGCUCGUAACCAAGUGGCGUAAUAGUUCAUCCGUAACACUGGAUAGCAUUCCUUUCACAUUCAUUAAAAGAUCGCCGAAAACAUUUCAUGACCACUAG